GACAGGAAAUGCGGAUCCUGAUUAAAACACUGCGAGGCAUAGGCUUGUCCCAAAUGCGGCCGACAACGUCCUGUUCGAGGAUCUCCGGGUUGGGCGCGAUUCCCCGCGGAGUCGAGACCAAAAGAUUUCGGAGUAAGCCGAGAAUUGGGCACUCUGACUGGUUGGUUGGAGAUGCCAUAUCCACGGGCCGCCGAAGUGAUGAUAAAGAGUUGAACAAAACCCAUCAUGUCACACCCAUCGGAGUCGGCGGAGAUGUGGGUAUCGUUGGCUGGACCGGGUGCCCGGGAGGGAUGUUUCGAAGGGAGUCAUAACCGUCUGUGGCCUCCUUGAGGUUUUUACCUUCACUUUCUCGACCAUUUCCUCCUGUACCGUUCUGGCCAUCUUCAACCGGUGAUCACAAUGGCAUCCUCAUUGCCAGCACCAUCGCCGCCACGGCUGCCACCAACCUCCAACACCUCUUUGCUCACAGCGCAGCACUGUACAGGGCACGUCCACCUCAUCUUGGGCGCGAACCCCCUCGCCGCAGCCCGGGCCUCGUCUUCUCUAUCCGCGGGUGCGAGGCCAAUCCUCAUAGCGCCCUUACCAGCACCAUCGCCAUCAGAAUCAAAACCAGCAACAGAUACGCAACAACAACAACAGCAGCAGCAGCAGCAGCAGCAACCCCUGCACUACAGCCUCGCGGCCCUCAUAGCGGCCGGCUCGCUCACCCACCUCGCCCGGCCGUUUACGGAUACCGACCUCUUCACCCUCGGCCGGGAGGAAGUCGACAGCGUCGUCGACGCCGUCUUCAUCACGUCCCACCAUUCCUCUCUACCAUCCGAGUGCAGCAGUAAAAGAGAGGAGGUGGAGCGGGUGUCGGCGCUGUGCCGACGGCACCGGAUCCCCGUCAACGUGGUCGACGCGCCCGACUUGUGCUCGUUCAGCCUGCUGAGCGUGCACGUGGAUGGCCCGCUGCAGAUCGGCGUGACCACCAACGGCAGGGGGUGUAAGCUUGCCGGGAGGAUCAGGCGCGAGGUGGCGGCCGGGUUGCCGCAGGGUUUGGGGGCGGCGGUCGAGAGGUUGGGGGGUGUCAGGAGGAGGGUUUUGGCGUUGCAACAGCAGCAGCAGCAGCACCAGCAGCAGCAGCAGCAGCAGCACCAGCAGCAGCAGGCGGAGGAGGAUGCCUCGCAGAUGAUGGAUGAUGGGGUCGAUGACUCGGUUGAUCAGCCGGCGGGGCUGAAUCGGUUGGUUGUGGAAGGCGAUGCCGAGGCGGCUAAGACGAGGCGGAUGAGGUGGCUUGCGCAGGUGUGCGAGUACUGGCCUUUGAAGAGGCUGGCUGCCAUUACGGACGAGGAUGUCGAGGCUGUUUUGAAAUCGUAUCCGGCCGGGCAAGGGCCCGGCUCCGUGGCGAGCAGCACCAGCAACUCCCGGCCAGGCCGCGUCAUUCUCGCCGGCAGCGGACCCGGCCACCCGGACCUGCUCACCCGGGCCACCUACAAGGCCAUCCAGGCGGCCGAUCUGGUGCUCGCAGACAAGCUCGUUCCCGCGGGCGUGCUUGACCUCAUCCCGCGCCGCACGCCCGUCUCCAUCGCGCGGAAGUUCCCCGGAAACGCCGACCGCGCCCAGGAGGAGCUGCUCGAGCAGGCGCUCGACGGCGUGCGGGCGGGGAAGACGGUCCUCCGGCUCAAGCAGGGCGACCCGUUUAUUUAUGGCCGCGGCGGGGAAGAAGUCGCUUUCUUCCGGCAGCACGGGCUCGGCGAUCGCGUGGUCGUCCUGCCCGGGAUCACCAGCAGUCUCAGCGCGCCGCUGUUUGCGGGUAUCCCGCCCACCCAGCGGGACGUGGCGGACCAGGUGCUCGUCUGCACGGGCACGGGGAAGAAGGGCAAGCCGCCGCAGCCGCCCGAGUUUGUGAAGAGCAGGACGGUGGUGUUCCUGAUGGCUCUGCACCGCAUCGAGGGGCUGGUGGCGGAGUUGACGCGGUAUACCGCGGCCGAGGAAGAACAGCAAGGAAGGCGAGUGCCGGAGCUGGGGCAGGAAGGGGAGGGCCAAACUCCCGUCCAACCACAGCAGGGAAGCAAGAUGAGGACGCUAUGGCCGCUCGACACCCCCUGCGCUGUGGUCGAGCGGGCAAGCUGCCCCGACCAGCGGGUCAUCAGGACGACGCUCAGGUUUGUCGCCGAGGCCAUCGAGCAGGAGGGGAGUCGGCCACCCGGCUUGCUCGUGGUCGGCCGGGCAUGCGAGGCAUUGUACACACCGGAGAAGGGCCGCUCCUGGGUUGUUGAGGAUGGGUUUAAAGGCUUGGAUGUGGACGCGGAUGGGGCUUUUGCGGCGAAUGGGCCUGGGAUUGCCGGAAUGGCGUAGGUUUGUUAGAGGCACCUAGCAUUGUAGGCAUACUUCCUACCGUAGAGAUCAUCAAGACAUGAAUAUUUUGUCUGAGCAUUCCGUCUUUGACCUGUUGAGGACACCUCCUCAUUAUUCCGGGCCGGGUGAGAAAUCGACCGAUGAGGCGAGUUUGCCGCUGGCUGCCGAGAUGGGACAGGACAUCGAGCUCUACGACAUUGAAACAGUGUUCGGCCGGG